GUUCCUUAAAGUCUAGGUGGAGACGUUCCGGUGAGCAUUCGGCGUCCCACCCGGUGGCUUAGCUAGCUGGGCCGACCCGCCUGGGAGCUCCGCAAAAGCUGUAUGUCUCCCCACAGCGCCGAGCCGGAAGCAGAGAGCGCCUUCCAGCCCAAGAUGGGCGUCCCUCGAAGGCCAGGGGACGCCGCCGAACUGCGAAAGACCCUGAAGCCUCUCAUGGAGAAACGCCGACGGGCGCGCAUCAACGAGAGCCUGAGCCAGCUCAAGGGGCUCAUCUUACCCCUUAUCGGCAAGGAUAGUUCCCGCUACUCGAAGCUGGAGAAAGCAGACAUCCUAGAAAUGACGGUGCGCUUCCUGCAGGAGCUGCCCACGUCCCACGGCCCUGCGGCUCCCACCUUAGCAGACAGCUACAGAGAGGGCUAUCGGGCUUGCCUCAGCCGCCUGACCCGGGUCCUGCCCUCCUGCAGCCUCCUGGACGGCGAGGUGUGCAGCCGACUCCUGGAGCACCUGCACCGGACCGCCUCGGGCCAGUACCUUCCCCCGGAUUCCCGCAGCAGCCCUAAAGAUCUGCGCUCCGACUCCCCGGAUAGAAUGCGGUUGGUCUGCUCUCCUCGGGGGUCCGGCGGCUGUCCUCCCGGCCCCCCAUCUUCCGGACUCUGGCGCCCCUGGUAGCUAGCUCCCUGAGAGGUGAGCGAGACCUCUUUCGGACCUAUAUUUAUUUGGAAUCACGGGGAGAGAAGAAAAGUGAAUAGAAAAUCUCGGGGUUCCUUGCCCCAUCUAUUCUCCAGCUCCCAACUCCAUCUUCCAGCCUUCUAUCACUGCACUUUGUAGCUUCUGAUUUCUUCACACAGGAAACCAAAAGGUUUUUUCCUCGGCCCAAGGGGUUUGAUUUUGUUAGAUAUCCUCCCCAAAUAAAGCCUCUGGCCGAAAUGCCGGGCUCCCUGUAUCCCUCUGCUGCUGGAGGAGGGGCAGGAAAGGGCCCAGUGCACAGGAGACAGAGUCCUCAGCUUGGACAUGGCUUCUCCUGGGCCUCAGAAUGAAUUUCAGUUCCAUUGGAGGCAGAAGAUCUCCGGGACCUGGGACAGGAGUUUUGCUCUUGGAGAUCCUCCUUCUAAAGAGGUGACUAGGGAGCGGGUCCAGUGCCUGAACUCCCUGAAACAGGCUGCAGAAUGACCUCUCUCCACCCUGGCCCUCAGCGCCAGGACUAGAGUUCUCCUAAUGCAAUCCUGACCCCACCCCAGUGGAGAAGAUGGGCUGUGCAGGGCGAUCUUUGCCCGGGCCUGUCUCCCCACCUGGGGCAGGCCAGAGUAAAAGCUGAAAAACAUGGGUUUCAGAGCUGACAGUGGAAACUCUGGGACAGGAGAAAGAGGGACUGGAAAGAGAAAGCCAUUUACCCAGUGAAGAGCUUUUCAAGACCCCAUAAUCCAGGGAAUCCAAACAGUCCUUUCUGGGUCCUCAUCCCAGAGGGUCACUGCAUCUGCAAUGCCAAAGCCCCUGGGUUUUCCCACUAACCUCCUUUGCUCUGCUUUACCAAUCACCCAUUCAUAUUUAUUGAGUGACUGCCACAUGCAGGGCCUUGUGGGACCCCGUGAACUUUGUGGGCCAGCAAACUAGAAACUCCCGGGAGCCUGAAUCCUGUUUUGCUCAGGAGCUUUGCUUAGCUAUCCAGAAUUGAGCCUCUUGGGAGUAAUGGCAUUUCAGUCCUGGCACUCAGAGCUAGAGAGAGAAAGUGAGUCCAGAUUAUGCUUCUGGGAAGUAACUAGUCCCCAUAGAUCUUUUUCUCUUUUAUUUCUUCUCCGCUUUGGGUUGUAAGAAAUGACACUAAAAAGAAUGACUCUUAUUUCCAGAUCCCCAAUUAUUCUCCUUCCCCAAAGCCUGAAUUUUAGCUUUCUUCAAGUAGACUUCCCAAAUCUCCUCCCAGUCCCUCUGGUGUCAAGCACAGGGAGAAGGAAUCUACCAGACCAAGAGUAUCUGGGGUUUCUAGACAAGGAACCGGAGAAAUAUUUGAAGUUUUUGUUAGCUGCCUGAGAACCAUGAGUCUUCCCAGAAACAAAGCUAUUGUUUUGAUGCUUUGGUGUAUAAAGCUUUGUAUAUAGGUGAGAAAUUUUGGAUUCAAAUCCUAAGCUUGGAACUUCAGAUUUCUAUGUGACAUUCUCAAAAUUAAAAGGAAGAAGAGUUAUUUGUAUUCCUUCCCAUCCCCCUCACCUACAUAUUGCUAUCUGGCCCCUCUUCCUCCUGUCCUAAAGUUUCCAUUGUCAGAUGUGAAACCAGCCAUGUUUUGUUGCUUUUGCUCUGGCCUGCCCCAGGUGGGGAGACAGGCCCAGGCAAAGAUCCCCCUCCACAGCCCAUCUUUUCCCUUGGGGUGGGGUCAGGGUUGCAUUAGGAGAGCCUAUUAGUUCUAAAGUCCAAUAUAUUUCUAGUUUUUUUUUUUUUCUGGCAAUGAAAGUACAUCCUUUUUUUUUUGAAAUGCCUUACACAGAAAUCAACCAAAUAAAUGUUUGCUGGUGAUGAGGAUGAAUUGAACGCUAUAGGAAUAUUUCUAGUUCCUGGAUACUAUGAGUUCAGAAAGACCAAUCAAGAGCAGGAAUGAGGAAUUCUCCUGUUGUGGUCUUUGAAUCUCUGGGAACACUAGAAAAUUCACUGCCAAAAUCUGGUGGAGAAAUGAGAAAGCACCUUCCUGAUUUUCUCCUGUCAGCCAAGGUAACCAAAAGCGUAACUGUUGACAAAUACACAAAUGGAAAAUGAAUUCUUCCCCCCCUCUUCCUUCACAUAGAUGCUGAAGAUUAUAUUUUUUCAAAAAAAAAUGUAUUUUGUUACUUUGUACCUGGGAAACCUUAGAAACUUUAUUGAACGUGUGCAUUUCUACAUACAUGGAAUCAAAAACAGAAGAUCACAACUGAACAACUACUUGUACAACUUGCAUUUUUAGAAAGAAUCUAAUAAACUCCACAUGUGGGUUCUAAA